UGAGUUUGAUUGAAUUUUAUCGUUUUGCGAAAAGAUGGAGUUGAAAUAGCGUAUAUGCGAUUCAUUUUGGGAAAAUCCGAAACAUACCGUUACAUAUGACCACAAUGAAAGAUGCUCAGCAAGACAAAGAGAAUAACUUAGAGUCGUGGACAGAUACUAGUCUUUCUUCAAGAGUUGCUCAAAAGUGGGGAAAAAAGUUUUCAAAUACCAAUCUGUUUUAUCUACACUCCCCUCAAAGUCUUGCUUAUAGAAAAGGCAUCCGGGACGAAAACAAACUCAAGAAUGAAAGCAACAGCAACUUGGAUUGGGAAAUAAUCUUGCAAUCGACCAAGUCUCUUUCUAUUUCCGAUAGUCAAUCCAAGAGUGUAGAGAAGAAAGAGACCGUUACAAGGAACAGCACCCAGUAUUUGCAACACUUGGAAGAAGUGUCGAAUAGUCCUCCAAGUUUCAUAACUCCUUAUUGUGUCCGAGGACUGCAGAAUACGGAAGAAGUGGUUGUCCUUCGAAAGUUUAAGAAAAAUAGAGAAGAUUUGUUGAAACAAUUAUAUAAUUUUUAUAAUGAAAGAGUGUUUUCUAAGCAACUAAAGGAGACGUUGGUCAGUACUUGUUGGUCAAAGACACUAAAUACGACAGCUGGAAGGACUUGUUUUCAAAAUAAGCGACUAGAUAAUAACCAAAUGGAGAGAACUGUCAGUAUUCAAAUUUCUAUCAAAGUGGUGGAUCGUGGAGAGAGAUUGUUGAGUACCUUGGCACACGAAAUGUGUCACGCAGCACAAUGGAUUAUCGAUGGAGUUGCCAAACCUCCUCAUGGUAGGGAGUUUCAAAGGUGGUCCGAGGAAUUCAAAAAGACCUUACCAUUCGUCCAGGUCAACGUGAAACAUUCGUAUAAUAUUGUUUAUAAAUAUAUUUAUUUUUGUCAGAGUUGCGGUUUACAAUAUGGACGACAUAGUAAGUCUAUCGAUACUUGUCGUCAAAGAUGUGGACGAUGUAAAGGACAACUCAUUUUAAAAGUGUAGAUGGAUAUAUAAAGAUUGAACUUUUUUC